AUGCGCUCUCGAGCUCAUAAGAAUCUGAUGGCGGCACGUCGCGCGCGGCAGCAAUCCGCCGGAGCUCCCGGAGCCACCUCGAAGAAGUCCAAGGCCAAUGACACGAGCAAUCCUCCUAUUGCUUCGAGCGGAUUGCCCAGCUCGACUGACAAGUUCUCUGUCGAGACCACUUCCACCGCUUCUGGUGCUUCGACUCCCGCGCCCGUCGACCUUCUCACGCUGACCGUGUAUGAGAGGAAAGCUCUCGGAUCCGUACAAUUCCUCCUCAAGUGCCUCAGGAACGCCACAAAGAGGAACCACAUCCAUCCUCCCCGCAUCCAUGGCGACCUCGAAUCCGCCAUCCAUCUCUGCGACGCCGCCGACACCCUGGGAUUGCUGCACUAUGUACAAAACACCAUCUCGUACCACAACAAUGCCAUCUUCCGAUCCAUCCCGUCGGAGGCCGUCGUCUCCAUGGUCGAGGAGCUCGCUACUUCCGAUGCGUCCAACGUCGCUCGUGAUAAGUUUGUGUCCAUGGUCGCACAGCGCAUUGCCUACCUUGUUCGCAAGAACAUGUUGACUGCGGAGUGGCCACUGGACGACACGAAGGACGGAUCGGAAAAGUACCUUGACAUGGUGUCUCAAUACCCCACCGUCAAAACCGCCGUCGAUCAGAUCAACGCUCCCUGGACGGCGAGCCAACAUGCGAGGCAGACGGCAGAGGCCCGACGAGUCGAGCGUGCGCGCAGGGCAGCGGCAGCGGCGGAGCGGAAGAAGCAGGCGGUUAUUGAGAGGUUGGAGUGGAAGAAGGCCGCAGAGGAGCAGUACGGGAGUGACAUGGAUGCGCGCGCGGUGUUUGUCGAGAAAUUAAAGCGUCAGAACAAGGUUAUGACGCUCACGAGUGAGGAGAUGGAGUUGGCGGCCGGGUUGAUGGGGUACGGCGAUGUGGAGAUUGGGCGGUACUUGUAG